AUGUGCACUUCAUCACAGCACAACCUCGGGAGCUGUGGGGAAGUUCAGCAACAUGGCUUUCUAGAUGGAAAACUUUGGAUGUUCUGGGAGAGAUUUUUCCAGCUUCUGUGUACUGAUAGCUUGCCUGCCUGUGAUAGAAAACUGAACCCAGCAUUCCUUGCUGCUUUUCCAGGUCGUGCACUGCUGGUCCUCCUCUUGUCUGCAACAGUCUCCCUCCUCGGCGGGCUGAUAUUUGGCUAUGAGCUGGGGAUUAUCUCUGGUGCACUGCUGCAGCUGCAGAUAGACUUUCACCUCAGCUGCUUCAGGCAAGAAGUUCUCGUGAGCUCCCUCCUCAUCGGAGCCCUUCUCGCCUCUCUGGCUGGGGGGAUCCUCAUUGACCGCCACGGACGGAGGAGAGCCAUCCUGGUCAGCAACUUGGUGCUGUUGGUUGGCAGCCUUGUUCUGACACUGACAAGGUCAUUUGUUGGCCUGGUCCUUGGGCGUGUGACUGUGGGCUUUGCCAUCUCUAUCUCAUCCAUGGCCUGCUGCAUCUACGUCUCAGAAAUGGUGGCUGCUCAUCGGCGAGGGCUGCUGGUGUCUCUCUAUGAAGCAGGCAUCACUGUAGGAAUCCUGCUCUCCUAUGCACUGAAUUACAUCUUUGCAGAUAUGGAUGAGGGAUGGAGGUACAUGUUUGGGUUGGCCAUUGCCCCUACAGCCAUGCAGUUCCUCAGCAUCCUCUUUCUCCCAGUGAACCCAGUUAAAUUAAGCUCAUGGGACUCAGAUUGCCAAAAGGGCCUCAUUCAGUUGCAGGACUCUGAGGACAGAGCAACAGCAAAGCAGGAGCCCUAUAAGGAGAAGCAUUACUCAUUUCUUGACCUGUUCAGGACCAGAGACAACAUGAGAAGGAGGACUCUGGUGGGCCUGGGACUGGUACUCUUCCAGCAGUUCACUGGGCAGCCCAAUGUGCUGGGCUAUGCCUCCAAAAUCUUCCACUCAGUGGGGUUCCAGAGCAACUCCUCAGCAAUCCUGGCCUCUGUUGGGCUGGGGGCAAUAAAGGUGGUGGCCACACUCAUUGCAAUGGCCUUUGCAGACAGGGCUGGCAGGAGGGUGCUACUCAUGUCUGGCUGUGUGGUGAUGGCCAUCUCCGUCACCACCAUUGGCCUCAGCAGCCGCAUUGCUCCGCUGGCCAUGGCCAGGGACUGCAAGGCAGCCACGGACCCCAAUGCAUCCCACAGCCUCACCCAGCACCCCCUGACACCUGCAUCCUCCCAGCUUGCUGUAUCACCCAUCCUACCAGCAUUAGGUGCUGGCAAAGGUCAGGCGAGUCCUGGGUUUGCUGCCACGAGGAGCCUUACAAAAGGUUUUGCCAGUACUCAAAGUACAGAGGUGGUUCCUGGUUCUUCCCUCACUUGGAAAAGGGGCUUGGAAGAGACAGUGGGAAUCACAGGCCCUCCUCUCAGUGGUGCUCCCUGGGCAGAACAUAAGGUGUUAAACUGGAUUACACUGCUGAGCAUGAUGGCUUUUGUGAGUGCCUUCUCAGUUGGAUUUGGACCAAUGACCUGGCUGGUCCUCAGUGAGAUCUACCCUGCUGGGAUAAGAGGAAGAGCGUUUGCCUUCUGCAACAGCUUUAACUGGGCUGCCAAUUUACUGAUCAGCCUCUCCUUCCUGGACCUCAUUGAUGCCAUUGGUUUCUCUUGGAUGUUUCUUCUCUAUGGCCUGAUGGGAGCUGUGGCUGUCACCUUCAUUUACUGGUUUGUUCCGGAGACAAAAGGACAGUCCCUGGAGGAGAUAGACCAACACUUCUCCAGGAAACGGCUGUGGGAGGGAAAUGUGUUCCAGCAGAGACGUGGAAGAGGAGCAAGCUGCAUGCACACCCAGUACCAGAGAGUGGAGCACACCAGCAGCACGUGA